AUGUACACUAUUAAGCUCUUUCUUUUUAUUGCUCCUCUAGUUAUUUCUUCCAGAAUCGACCAAGAUUAUUCAUCAUUUGAUUCUGUAUCUCCAGAGCCAAAAUCAAGAUUUGCUAUGUUAGAUGAUGUAAAAAUUUUAGCCAAUGGCCUACUUCAGUUAGGACAUGGUCUUAAAGACUUUGUUCAUAAGACUAAGGGCCAAAUUAAUGACAUAUUUCAAAAACUUAACAUAUUUGAUCAGUCUUUUUAUGACUUAUCACUGCAAACCAAUGAAAUCAAAGAAGAAGAAAAGGAACUUAGAAGAACUACAUCCAGACUGCAAGUCAUAAAUGAAGAAGUAAAGAACAUGUCACUUGAACUCAACUCAAAACUUGAAAGUCUCCUUGAAGAAAAAAUUCUACUUCAACAAAAAGUGAGAUACCUGGAGGACCAAUUAACCAAUUUAAUUAAAAAUCAACCUGAAAUUCAGGAACACCCGGAAAUAAUUUCACUCAAAACUUUUGUAGAACAGCAAGAUAAUAGCAUCAAAGAUCUUCUUCAGAUCGUGGAAGAACAAUACAGACAAUUAAAUCAACAGCAUAGUCAAAUAAAAGAAAUAGAAAAUCAGUUAAGAAGAACUGGUAUUCAAGAAUCCACAGAAAAUUCUCUUUCUUCUAAACCAAGAGCACCAAGAACUACUCCGUCUCUUCACUUGAAUGAAACAAAAAAUGUAGAACAUGAUGACAUUCCUGCUGAUUGUACCAUCAUUUAUAAUAGAGGUGAACAUACAAGUGGCAUCUAUUCCAUUAGACCCAGCAACUCUCAAGUUUUCAAUGUCUACUGUGAUGUUAAAUCAGGUAGUUCAUGGACAUUAAUUCAACACCGAAUAGAUGGAUCACAAAACUUCAAUGAAACUUGGGAAAACUACAAAUAUGGUUUUGGGAGGCUUGAUGGAGAAUUUUGGUUGGGUCUAGAGAAGAUAUACUCCCUAGUAAAGCAAUCUAACCAUAUCUUACGAAUUGAGCUAGAAGAUUGGAAAGACAACAAGCAUUAUAUUGAAUAUUCUUUUCACUUGGGAGAUCAUGAAACCAACUAUACACUACAUCUAGUUGAGAUUGCUGGCAAUGUCCCCAACGCACUCCCGGAGCACAAAGAUUUGAUGUUUUCUACUUGGGAUCACAAAGCAAAAGGACACUUCAACUGUCCAGAAAGUAAUUCAGGAGGUUGGUGGUGCCAUGAUGUAUGUGGGGAAAACAACCUAAAUGGUAAAUAUAACAAGCCAAAAGCAAAAUCUAAGCCAGAGAGGAGAAGAGGAAUAUGCUGGAAGACUCAAAAUGGAAGGUUAUACUCUAUCAAAUCAACCAAAAUGUUGAUCCGCCCAACAGAUUCAGAAAAUUCUGAAUGA